UGUGAGUAAAGUGGACAGAAUGCAAAGCGCAAUGUAUGACAACUCUCAUCAUGAGUACGGUGGUCUGGGUUACCGAAACAGCGCUGAGGACCCCGCCAUAGAACAGAAAACUGCCUACUUCAACAAUGGUGUGAAUACAACGUAUAAAUACAGGCCCGCGAACUUGACGUGCACCAGCGCGGAGACCAACGUGAAUGAUGCCAACAAUACGAGACAGGACUAUAGCAUGGCCCCGGCGUACGCGGCUAACACUGUCAAUAUGAUGAGCACUGUCGGUCAAGAGUCAGAACUGUCCGCAGGCGAGGGGUCACCACAAAGGGCUAUGUACGCAUGGAUGACCGAUCAUCGCCAUUUCAACCACAAUACAGGAACAGCAUCGUCUCAACAAAAGCAUGGUGAUACACAGAAUGGAAGAUCUCCAAUCAAAAGAAUGAGAACGAACUUCUGUACAGCCCAGCUGGUGGAAUUGGAGAAAGAGUUUAGAUUCAACCGAUAUUUGCAAAAACAGCGGAGAACAGAGUUGUCCAGCGUGUUAAAUCUGACUGAGCGCCAGAUCAAAGUCUGGUUUCAAAACCGGAGAAUGAAAUUCAAGAAGGAGAUGAAAGACAAAGGUCUAGUGGACCCAUAUCAGGCGGGCAUGACCUGCGUCACCACCGAGACGAAAGGGAAUGAAGACAGCGAAUACAACGUUGCUCUCCCACCAACACAGCCCAGUGAAGAAAAUAGUGACUUAGUGUUCCAUUACCAUGACAACAAGUCUGGCUGUUUUGGCGGCGCGAACGAGGACAUGAGCUGCCGAGAGUCAGUUCCCCAUGAACCAGCAGCGUUCCACAUAACUCAGCUUUGAAUGGCCACAAAGUCUGCGUACUCACUGAUAGUCUGGGUUUUGUUUUCUUUUAAACGUAGGCUUAAACCACAGGGUAAAUUAUUGACGAAAGUCAUGAAAUAAACAUUUCUAACUACCUCAAGAACUCUCAGUACUCUGCCGAUCCUCUGACGUCACCUUUUUAAAAAAAAAAUUCAAGUGAUUACCGAUCAUUCCAGAAAAAUACUUUUCACCAAGAAAGCUACUUUUAGUCGUACGAAUUUUGGUGCCGUUACGGCUACGAAUUGCGUAAUGUUUUCAAGACGUAAUUUAUAUUGCAGCUUACCAUUCACGUGAUUGACCUGGUCACACCCUGCUCAUUAACGAGGUCAACAUUGUUUGCCGCGAAAGAGGAGAUAUCAAUGCGCGCCCUGAGAACGUUAUUUCACUAACGUUACAAUAAAAUUCAUAACUUAUGAUGCAUAUUAAUUAUUAACAAUACUUUGGGCAACAUAUGACGGUCGCCUGAACUCAAAAUACUCUCUAUUUGUUUGUGCCCUACCCCGACAGAAUCAACUGAAAAUUACCGAAGUAUAGGCUGGCAUGAUCAUUACUAAAAUUUGAUGAGAAAUUAUGACAUGUUGGUGUAGUUUAGACACGCAACAUAACUUUUUUAUUUGAGAAAGUUAACAAUUUCAUCGGAUAAACAUUGCACAGAGACUACACUCUGCAGUCUCCAUCACUGAAACGAAUCUAUUGCAAACAAUGACAGGUCUACCCAUGAUUUUGCUUUCAACGUUUUAACCUAUUUGCUUCGAAUACACGCACCGAUAACUUGCCCACAAUCCACUUGCAUGAUUUUGCGCCUGUUUUUUUUUUCGGAUGGACAAAGGAAAACACGAAAAAUACGAAAUGCAUAUCCGACUCCCCGUAUUUAUCUAGCAGGACAUCUCUGAUUGGAUGAUAAUUGGCAGGCUUUGUUACAAUAACUGCGAUUGGCUAUUGACCUGCAUAUGCCCCCCCCCCUCAUCAGAAAUGCGUAUAGUAUUUAGAAUGUAAUAAGAAUAAAUCCCGAUCCCAUUACGUGACAAGUCAUCGUCGCAUAGGGAUAUCUUUUAAACCGGCCUUCAAUGCUGGUGUUGUGUAUGUAAAUCUUCAUCAUAAAAACCGUGUCAUAAUUGUGACACUUUCACUGUGCGGUAAUGCACUGGACCCGUAUCCAUGGAAACCCAUGAACAAGAAUGACUUGAAUUAGUGACGUCAUAGAAAUGUCAAAGCUCGGUAGUUAUGGUAAACUCUUUUCUCUGCCAUUUUAGAAUGUUUUUGGUUUCCCAUAUAAUCGGUCAGAUUACGGAGUCUAUUUGACCAUCUUGUCGCUCUAUCUCAACGACGCCUCGGCAAUCAAUCACACGGAGAAGAUACCAACCCCAGAUGAAGCGUCGAAUCUUGCAUCUCUUUUCUUGGUUACCAUGGCGAUAGGACACUAUCUGCCUGUCUUUACUUUUUAACACAGCAUUGUAAUUAAUGCGCUUGAUAAUGAUGAUAAAAUUGUUUAUCUUCGAGAGGAAGGAGCAUUUCACA